AUGAAUGUAAUUGGUUUGGAGCGGGAAAGAUUUGCAGGUAAAUCGUAAUUCUGCACUGUAAAUGCCUGUAUACUUUGUAUAUUUGUGUUGUACUUAAUUUCGCGCGUUUAAUCGCUCGCUAAAUGCGAUAUUUUUGCGCAGUUUGAUUUUGCCGGCGCACAUUGAAACGGAUGGUACAAAGCUAGAAAAUCACAUCAACUGAUAAAUUAGGGUUUUUUCGUAAGUGUUGAAAUGAUAUGAUUACUGCAACUAGUAUAUAACGGUCAUAUUUCUUUUUAGGCUCACAUCGACUCUGUGAGUACACCAUGAUAAUAUGUGUUCAUACUCCAUGUAAGCUAAAAUCAAACGUUCACUCCUGGCAGAACAUUUAAAGGAAGAAUGUCUAUAUCGAUCAGUCCAGUGUGAAAAUUGUCAAGAAACGCUGCCUUUUGCUUCUGUGGAGGUAUGUUCACACAAGUCAAGCUAUUUUGGGAGUUAGAGAUAUGAAGCACUACAGUUCCUUCAACCUUUUCUAACGCCAUCUAUUAUCAUUUAAUUGCUGGUUUAAUAUAACGCCAGACUAUUGUACUCUGAUAUUAUCAAAUAAGAUUCCAGGUAUGUUAGCACGCUGACCCUUACAUAAGCCUGAUACACGCGUAAAAAUUGUGAGCCCGCUGUUUAACAGGAUUGAACAAUGUUGUGCGGCCCACAUUAUUCACACUUGUCAACAAUAUUGAACAAUACUGUUGAGCCUGAAUCGGGUGUAACAACAUUGUUCAAUAUUAUUGACAACUGUGAACAAUGAACAUUGUUCAAUCCUGUUUUCAUCAAUAUUGCAACAACCUGAUCGUUUUUAGCUGUGUACGGUACAGUAUAGGUCGAGAGGAGGGCUUGUUACUUGAUGGGUAUUUAUAUUUUGACUUGAUUUGUUUGAAAACACAUAAGUAGAGUUUGGUUGGUUCUCCUUCAACAAAAACUGACCCUUCUAUCGGAGCCACUCCUUGAUAAGACAUGCGUCGUAUGCAGAGGCUUCCUAGUAAGCCUUAAACUUGGUCACAUCUGAGCUGUGCCCUUUGCAAUCAUCUCUCAAUUGCAACACCUCCCUCUACCUUGGACCAUGGUGUGGACCUUGGAACCAUUGGUUCCCAGAAAAUUUUGAAGUCUGCUGAAAGAAAAGUGGAAAAAACUAAAUAUUAAAUCAAGGAAAACUCAAUCAAAAAGGAUGGAACUGAAGCUCAGCGCAUACAAAGAAAAUAUAUUUGCCCACUUUUACAGUGAAUUUAAAUUUUCUAUUUUACACAAUUGUCUAUGCUUAUUUUUUUGUAUAGAAACAUGUGGCAGAAAGUUGUCAGGCAGCUCCUCUCACAUGUGAAUAUUGUCAGUUAACGAAUAUAAAG